GCCUGGUUUUCGCAGCGGUGGGAGUACGGCGAACAUGGCUGAAGAUAGUAGGGGCGGCGCAGCGUGCACCCGGGUUGGCGAGCCGCAGGACCUGGCCCACGGCGCCGGCCGCUGCAACUUUCCAGAAUAUGAGCUUCUCGAGCUGAGCACUUGCGUGUUCCACGUGGGCUCCUUUGGGGAGCUGUGGCGGGGCCGGUUGCGCGGAGCCGGGGACUUGUCUCUGAAGGAGCCCACAGCACCCGAGCAGCCUGGGAGCCUAGCGGUCACAGAUUCCCACCGGGACGAUGCUGAGGUGGCCCGGGAUCUGGGCUGCAGUCUGGAGGCAGCGGCCGAGCUGAGGACGGUGUGCGGCCUCGAUAAACUGAAAUGCCUUGAGGAAGAUGAAGAUCCAGAAAUCAUCCCAGAGGAUACUGAUCUAGUGACUUUGAGGGCUAGAAAAAGGUUCUUGGAACAUCGAGAAGAAACCAUAACGAUAGAUCGUGCCUGCAGACAAGAAACAUUUGCUUAUGAGAUGGAGUCGCAUGCAAUGGGAAAAAAACCUGAAAAUCCAGUAGACAUGAUUGAAGAGGGGGAGCUUAUCCUAUCUGUGAAUAUUUUAUACCCCAUUAUAUUUCAUAAGCAUAAAGAACACAAACCGUACCAGACAAUGCUGGUAUUGGGACGGCAAAAGCUCACAGAACUGCGGGAUGCCAUUUGCUGUGUCAGCGACCUCCAGAUUGGUGGUGAAUUCAGCAACACUCCUGACCAGGCUCCUGAGCACAUCAGCAAAAAGGACCUACCUGAUCCUCCCAAAUAUCAGCCUCGGGAAAGGUUCAGGUACUUCUGUUACCUGAUACAGAACUGGCAGAGGACCCCAGACUUACUGACCCACAAAAGGAGAGAGGCUCACUUUCUGGACCUAUACAAAUCUGCCUUCUUUUAUUUUGAAGGAACAUUUUACAAUGAUAAAAGAUACCCAGAAUGCAGAGAUUUGAGCAGAACUAUCAUUGAGUGGUCAGAGUCUCGUGAUAGAGGCUAUGGCAAGUUUCAGACAGCCAGAAUGGAAGACUUUACCUUCAGUGACCUGAACAUUAAACUGGGCUUUCCUUACUUGUACUGUCACCAGGGAGACUGCGAACAUAUUGUUGUCAUUACAGACAUAAGGCUUGUGCAUCAUGAUGACUGUUUGGAUAGAACACUUUAUCCUCUUCUCAUCAAGAAGCACUGGCUGUGGACUAGAAAAUGUUUUGUUUGUAAAAUGUACACAGCUAGAUGGGUGACGAACAAUGACAGUUUUGCACCAGAGGACCCAUGUUUCUUUUGUGAUGUUUGCUUCCGAAUGCUCCAUUAUGAUUCAGAAGGCAACAAACUAGGGGAAUUCCUUGCUUAUCCUUACGUUGAUCCUGGAACCUUUAAUUAAAAAAGGUCCAACAAUUCAUAAGUAUUUUAAACUACACUGUUUAGUUUUUUGUACCAGAGAUAGAACUCAUGACCUUGUGCUUGCCAGGCAGGCACUUGUGCUGCUGAGCUGAAUCCCUGGCCCUAUUUCAGUUUAUUUUUACUUGUGGGUUAACUUACUGAAUUAUGGAAAUGAAAUCUAGAAGUCAUUUUAUAUAUUGAUUCUGAUUCCAUAUUCUAAGUGCUUUUUGCUAAUGAAUUCAAUUAAUGACUCAAGUAGUGGUGAAACUGUAUUGAAAAAAUGUUUGAAGAACGAGAGCUACAUCUUCUACCCGACACCUUCCAAGGUUAUUUUUGAAAUUCAUUGAAUUCCAUUGUUUCUCUGGAUGGCUAAGAACAGACACUAUAUAAAUAAAAAACUCAUGAAGCCUGUAAAA